UGGAAUCAGAGCAUGUUGCUUGGAGAGUGGGCUCUACAAUCACUCUGUCAAUAAUCAACAUCAGACAAAAAGCAUCAGAAUGGCAUAAAAGCAGCGAGAAUCAGGGACGGUGUCAGUCUGAGUAUUUGGAGACAGAGUCAACAUGAACUUCACUUUUUGUGUCCUAGUGUUGUUCUCUGGUUUAACUCUGGUCCAGAGUGUUGUUGAAACAGCAACGUCUGCUGGAUCUCAGUCAUGCUGUCCUGACUUGUCGCUCUUCCACCAAGAGCUCAGUGCUGUGAAAACAAAACUGGAAGCUGUAGAAACACAACUGAAAGAGAGUGAAAGCCAGCUUCUGGUGCUUAAAGAGAAAGAAGCAUUGAAGGUAGUUUUCAGUGCUGCGACAGGUGGGAAUGGAGCCAUUGGGCCCUUCAGCCAACACCAAACGUUGGUCUUCAGAACCGUGAUAACAAAUAUAGGCAGUGCCUACAACCAGCACUCUGGUGUCUUCGUUGCACCAGUUCGAGGAAUAUAUUACUUCGCCUUCUAUUAUCACGCCUCAGGAUUACAUCCUUCGUACGUGCACCUGAUGAAGAACAGCAACAUUGUUGUGUUGAGCUCUGACCAGCAGACAGUGAAUGACGGGGCUGAUAAUGGAGGCAAUGCGGCUCUUCUGGAGCUGCAGCAGGGAGACCAGGUCUACCUCCAGCUGGUUGCAAACAACCACGUCUGGGGAAACGACUACCACACCACGUUCAGUGGCUUCCUGCUGCAUCAAGUCUGAAAAAUGAUUGAAUGCUGAUGUAAAUGACUUAAACUCAUUGAACAAACAAAAAGAAAAUACCACAGUUAGGUGUUCUGUAUUUGUGUUUGCUGAUAAAUUGAAAAUAUUGUUUUAAGCUGAACGAAAUAUAACUCUACAACAAAACGUACUCCCACAUUCCAUGAACGUCACUCACGAGACAGUCGUGAAGUCUUUACUUCUCGGGGCCAAAGCUGGUAACUUUAGUCUACUGACGGGCCACAAAAUACGUUAAAUUAAACAUGCAAAAAUUGGAAUAUUGUCAGAUCUUGUCUUAUGAAAUCUGUUUAUCAUUAAAAUCCAAAGUAAAGGACUAAGAACUGUUACCUUAUUG